AUGUCAAUUAAAUUAGAGUCCACGUUCCUGGCAUUCAUCGUGGUCUUCAUCUGUAUCGCUUUAGUAAUACCUUCAUACCUCAUCAUUUUGGGUAUCUUGGCACUUAUAUCAAGUUCAAGUAGCGGCGAUGAAAUAGAAACGGGAGCCUUAUUCCCUGAGACAACUAAAUCAAAUUGGGGUGACAAGUUGUUGGUUUUCAUGACGUUUUUCGCCGUGAUAUUAUGUUGCAUUCUUAUAGCCGGCAUGAUAUUAAGUAAUGAACAGUCACAUAUGGCAGCAACCAGCAGCCGCAACGUAGUCAACUGUGCGUGCGCAGAUAUAGCCGCAUGGUUGGCGGUCGCUGCCCGCGAACUUCAUCACAGUCUGGUUCCGCCGAUAGAUCUAGUUUUUUACGCUUAUCAAGAAGAUUUAAAAAAUGUAGAUACAUUGCUAGGCCAGCCAAUUCUACAAGCGAUUGCUUCUGAGAGCGGUAUUGAUCUGGUCCUGGAUUCCUUGGCUGACAUAAUAACAGAAAGUCAAGAUCUGUCAACGAAAGUGGCCUCCCUUCGUAACAUAAGUAUGAAAGCGGUGGCCCUGGCAGCAGUCGCAUCAGACAAGAUAAACGACCUCGCGUACCAGAUAGACGGCCUAAGGAAACAGUGUUUUCCAAAGGAUACGCCUCUCUGUGACACCCUCAACACGCAUGCCUUGGAGCUAAAAUUGCAAUUCAACUCGAUGGUACAAAAAUCACCCGGUAUUGGUAAGCCUCCACAAACAUUAGCUCAUAAGAUACUAAAGGAACAGCAGUUGUUGGAGCUACGAACUUUAGGCGUAGACAAUCUGACGCUUGCAAUUUCUGCUGCAAAGCAAGAGUUGCGUGCUCUGCCUUCAGUUAUUUUAACACAAACCAAGCAAGUAAGAGAUAAUCUUCUCCGAGACAUUGAAAAUCGCAGAGACAAAGUUCACAGCUCAGCGAGAAUUCUGAGUGACAUCGUACGCUACCUAACGGCCGGCUUACAUUCCUUAGCCAGAGAAUUGGAGACGGGUCUUGACAGAUUAGAAAAAUACGAAUUUUGGAGGUGGACGUUCAUGUUAGCAUGCACCAUAGCUUUUUCUUUUGGGAUGACACUCAUACUAAUUGCCAUGCUAUGUGGAUGCGGCAAAUCCAAAAGUCACGCUAAGAAGACACUUCAAGUAUCUGCGGUUUGGUUAUGCUUCGCUUCCCUGCUUUUAUGGGCCGUGAUUUCCGCAGUCUUUCUCAUCGCAGGCCACGCCGAGGUAUACGUAUGUCAUGCAAUGUGGGACACUACACAAUAUAAAACUCUCUCAAAGCUUUUAGACCGACCGUCGCCAUUGUUGAAUAACCACCAAGGAAUUUUUGAUGUACUAUUUAGAGAUCUAGAAAAUGUUACUAUAGAUGUUUCUAUAAGGGAUGUCUUAAGAGACUGUGAGAGAAAUCGACCAGCGUACGUCGUUUUUCAACUCGACAGAAUCUUGGAUGUUAACAAAGAGACAUCUUACUUCGAAUGGGAGGAGCUGCAAGCGGAUCUGGGACGAUUGUCAUCAUCUGUCGACGUCAGCUUCCUUAGAUCUAUAUCUGUUCCAUUUAACAGAAUACUUAAUGAAAUUCUAAUAAAAUCCAACGUGAAUCUGCCUCUUUACAGGAUGCAGUACAACAACCCAGUUGUUGGAAAGGACUUAGCAGCAUUGGAAGAUCAAUUAGACAAUGUGGCAGCUCAAGUCUCGGAUUUAAACACAUCUGGAAGACUAGGGAGUUUAGCCAAACCGCAGUAUUAUAUCGACAACCAGGGUGAUGUGAUAGCACAGAAGAAAGUGUCAGUGUACGUAUCUCGGCUGAUCUCACACGCGGCGGGGUGGCGGUCUCACGUACUCACAUCCACCGGGAAACAAGCCGCAAAAUGUCAACCGCUAUUUGCUGUGUACGCUGCGGUCAGAGCAUUGCUCUGCAAUAAGUAUGUCGCCUCCCUGCAUGGUUGGUGGGUUAUCGGUGCAGUGUUGGGACUUCUAUGGUGUAUAUUUUUAACUCCACUAUGUGUCAAGCUAUGGCGAACAUACGAACGAAAAAUGAAUGCUCAAGAUUUAAUGACAUUGAAUAACUUCAAUACAGCCCCUCCAGGAACUCCCGCAACGGAACCUUGUGAAAACGGCAACUGGAAUACACCAGGGCCGCCACCUCCACCACCACAAGAUGACAGUUGGUGA